GUUUUGGAUUGAUUAAUUUAUUCUCCGAGUGUUAUUUUCAGUACACACAGUUACAGUACACACAGUCAGUCGCGCGCACUCACGCACGCGCCUCCCGUGCGCAUGCGCAGAUCCCGCCUGCAGCUCGGUCCGUGGCGGCUGCUGCUGUUUCUGUCCGCGGCACCGAGAAUCUCCGUGUUUUUCCGCCGUGAUCUCGCCCGCCGCCGUUUAUGCGACCGCGCCCGAGCUCCGGGGCCGGUCUGCUCGGUCCGCACUCCCGGUAAGGGCUCGUCUGUGCUCGUCCGCGGGCGUUAUGCGCUCAGAUGAGGCCUACAGGCUGAAACCGAGCCGCUCUUCCUCAUCCGCUCCUCCUCCUCCUCCUCACCGUGAUGGCCGAUGAUCAACAACAACCGCCCGGUGCUCCCGGUGCGUCCCUGCAGAGCCCCGAGGCCACGGCGCUGCAGUACAACAAGAUCAAGAAUUCCAUCUGCAAAUCUGUACAAUCAAAAGUGGAGAGUAUAUUGCAAGAUGUGGAGAAGUUUACAGAUAUCGAAAAGCUCUACCUCUACCUUAAGUUGCCUUCUGGUCCCAGUGGUGGCAAUGACAAAAGAACUGAGAAUCAGAGGGGCUCUGCAAGUCCUGCAUUAUGUGACCAGAAUUCCAUGUCGUCCAGUCGGACUCAACAAAUGUACGCGUUUAACUGGAUCCGAAAUCAUCUGGAAGAGCACCCGGAAACCUCACUGCCAAAACAAGAGGUGUACGAUGAAUACAAGAGUUAUUGCGACAAUCUGGGUUACCAUCCUUUAAGCGCAGCUGAUUUUGGAAAGAUCAUGAAAAACGUUUUUCCGAAUAUGAAGGCACGGCGUUUGGGCAUGAGGGGGAAAUCAAAAUACUGCUACAGUGGGCUGAGGAAAAAAGCAUUUGUGCACAUGCCGUCGCUCCCUAACCUGGACUUACACAAAUCAGGGGAUGGGUGUGAAUUGUUGGAGUCGGCAGGACAGUCUCCUAGUGCGGAGGAUGAGAUGCGCUCUGCAGCCUGCGGUCUGGUUUGCGAAUGGGCUCAGAAGGUUUUGAGCCGCCAGUUUGACAGUGUGGAGGAACUGGCACGCUUUCUUCUCAACAGUCAUUAUAUAGGCACUAAGUCCAUGGCAGCUCUUACUGUUAUGACUGGAACCCCAACAGGUAUGAAAACCCCAACGCCAGCUUCUGCUUUUGUGCCAACUGCUGAAGCCAACUCAUUCCAGCCCCAAGUGAAGACCCUUCCUUCACCUUCUGUCGACGCCAAACAGCAGCUGCAGCGGAAGAUCCAGAAGAAACAGCAGGAGCAGAAACUCACUUCUCCAUUGCCCAUGGAUGCCCAGGCCAGAAGGGCAGAGGCGGGUACACCUGUACCUGGAUCCAGCUUGACUUCUUCAAGUCCUGCACUGCUGUCCCCUCAACCAACCAUAGGAAUUGUUGUCGCUGCUGUUCCGAGUCCUAUCACGGUUCAGAGAAACCGUCAACUGAUGACCUCCCCAAGUCCUGUUGGAGCAGCGGAAGGAAAAGUUGUUCCCGUUAACUUCCAGGUCGUGACACAACCUGUUAAGCAGUCCCCGAAAACACCCCAGAAUAUCCCUGCCAGCCCAGUUGGUGACCGGUUGGCCAGACACCGAUAUGCCCAGAUUUUACCUAAACCUUCUGCCACAAGCGCCAUUGCACUCCGUUCGCCCCCAACACUCCUCAUCACCAACAGCCCAAUUAAGACAGUGAUGCCCACGUCCCAUGUAAGUUCUGUAAAUGUGGUCAAGAUGACUGCAAUAUCACUUGCACCUAAUAGCAGUAGUACUACUACCCCGUUACGACCUGCCUCAACCGGAAUCAGUAGUACAGCCUCCCUGGAAGAAUCUAACCAAGCUCAGAAUGGGGCGUCUGUCAUGUCAUCUGGACUUGGGAAAGCUGGGCGUCUUUCUUCAAACCCAACCAUAUCAGCACCCACCGCUACCAGUGAGGUGAAAGUAACAUUUGAAGCUGUGAAUGACUCGGCUACCGCUGCUGAUAAACAAAGCACUGCAUCAGGGGCAAGUACAGGACUAAAGAACGAAAGAGCCACUAAAUUCAGGGCUUCCAGUGAACCUUCUCUUCUUAUUAAGGCGUCCCCUGUGCCUGAGAGAGUGACAAGGGCCAAGAGUGACUCUACAGCCCCUUCAAGUACAAUCAUGGGGGCUCUUGCCCCAAGCAGCAAUAAUAACAACAACGAUCAACAGGAAAGUACUUUGUAUUUAACUGUUACUAGCCAGAAUGUAGACGCCGAAUUGUCAUCCAUUUGUGCGGUGGCAACUGCAAGCACUUCUAAAGAUGCUGUGCUUGGUUCAAAAAGCCCUCGAAAACGCUCUGCAUCUGUUUUGGAAACCCAUACAAUCCCAGUUAAAAGAGUAUUCAUUUCCCAGCAGCCAUUGGAUGUUAGCAGUAAUGCCAAGCCUGGUCUUGUAAUAGCAGCUAAAAGGAUCCAGAGACCUGGCACCCCGGCAAGACCAGAGAGCGCUCCAUGCAAAGUCACACUUAAACAUAGUAGCUCUCUUCCGACUCAAAUCUUGGCUCUCUCUGACACUCCCAUUGGAGUUCUGGACACCUCUCAGACUGUUAAUGCUCAGAGCACUACGCAGAUGGAGAAUGACGUUGCUGAUAUUAGCUCGGACGAAAUGGCUUCUGGUAAUAGCACAGUUUUACUCCAGCAAAUCCCAAGCCACCAACAAAUAAGCAGUGCCGUUUCUCAGGAGGUAUCUGCGGUAAGCGAGCUGAAGAGCUCACUGCAGGACUACUCGCAACAGAUUCAAGCAGAACACAAGCAGAUUGCAGCUAACCCAUUGCCAAUGAUGACCCAAGCAUCUGAGACCUCCAGUCAGCUCACCCUUCAGCAGGACAUUGUUGAUUUUGCAGGAUCCCAAGCUAGCAUUGACUAUUUCCCCUUCAAUGAUGAUGAUAUGACCCAGGAUAGUAUUGUUGAAGAGCUUGUACAGAUGGAGGAACAGAUGAAGUUGAAUAGCAGCUUGCAGUCCUACCUAAAUUGUGUGGAUAUAUCCAUACAAGGUCAAGCCACAGUUGGCCAAGGAGCGAUUCUGUCACCCCAUCAGACAAAUACACAGUUCUAUCAUUCCUCUCACAGUAGCACCACGCCAGUCCACACACCAACUCCGACACCUACACCAACACCUACUCCUACUCCAACUCCUACCUCCGAAAUUCUACCAGGGGGUCAUAGCUUGACCAGAGAAAGCCCUUGUUCCCGAAUGGCAACUGUUACACCAGUGGACAGCAUCUUAGGUGGGCGCCAUACACCUAUCAGCACUCCACUGUCAAACUGCAGCAGCAGCGUUCCUCCAAGCCCCAUUGAAUGUCGCAAUCCAUUUGCAUUUACCCCUAUCAACUCCAGUAUAACUGGCUAUCAUGAUGGUAGCGUUGUAUCCAGCAGUCCAGUGAAACCCAUGCAGAGGCCAAUGGCCACCCACCCAGAUAAAGCCAAGCUGGAGUGGAUUAACAACAGGUACAACAGCACUGCAGGGUCUCCUGUUAUCUCCACCAACUCCACUAUUGGCAUUCUGCCCAGUUACCAAGACCUGGUCGAGGACCACUUUCGCAAACCACACGCCUUUGCCAUUCCAGGCCAAACCCUCCAGUCUCAGUCAAGGCAUCAGGAUGGAAACUUGGGAAGGCUAGCAACUGUUUCUCCCGUGCAACAAGGACAGCAAACCACCCUUAGUAGCAAGCAGGAAAGUUUUGCAGUCCCAGCUCCAUUAGACAAUAAAGGGGCAGGAAGCACAACUGCAUCUGGAGGUGGAACAUUCCGGUGUCGCAGCGUUAGCCCGGCAGUUCGCCAGCGCAACCUUAGUGGCACCACUGCACAAACAGUCACCACCGCCCCACGGUCUGUUGUUUCUCCCUUUAACUGCCCCCUGACAUCUGAGGUCCUGAAUAUUCUGUCCAACAGCCAGUCUGUGGUCAGUGCCAGCAGCUUGGCCCAGAGGAGUCAAUCGGUGCCACUAAACAUCAUGAUGCAGUCUGAACUGCUGCCCGUCAGUCACCAGGCACAGCAAAGCAAUAGUGCCAAGAUCACCACCGUGCUCCUCAGCAAAAUGGACACCGAUGGAGACGAUGCAGUACGAGGGCUUGGUGUAAAUAACCUGCCGGCCAACUACACAGCGCGGAUGAACUUAACCCAGAUCUUGGAAACAACACAAGGCUUUCCUGUAGGCCCAAAUUCUCAAAACCAGCAGCUCCCUCUGGACUCGAGCCCUUCGCCUUUUGACUUCCAGAAGACAGGUUACCUCAUGAGCACGGGGGAAGAGCAAGUCGCCUACUCCAGUGGUGAGACCCAAGCACAAUCAGGCCCAGGACUGCAACCAACAGAAGAGCAGCUUGAGCUCCAAGAACCACAGCUAGAGCUGCAAGAUCAACAGCUGCAACUCCAGAAUCAACAACUGCAGCUUCCAGAUCAGCAGUUGCAACUGCAGGAGCAACAGCUGCAACUCCAGAGUCAACAACUGCAGCUUCCAGAUCAGCAAUUACAACUGCAGGAGCAAGAGCUGCAUCUUCAAGACCAACAAUUGCAACUACAGGACCAGCAGUUGCAGUUGUCGGACCAACAACAGUUACAAAAUGAUCCCCAGCAGCACUUGUUGUCCCAGACCUCACAACAGGUUGUGGAUCAGGAGCAGCAGGAGCAACUGGACUUCAACACUACUGUCAAGGAUCUUCUGGGGGAGGACAGCCUCAAUCCCAGCUCGCAACUGGUCGGACAGGUGGCUUCAGAACUCAGUGCUGUCGCCUCUGACUUUUCUAGCGAUAUCCGCUUAACUUCAGACCUUACUAGUAGCAUUAACGACCUGAACACUUUGGACCCCAACUUGCUGUUUGACCCCAGUCAACAGCAGGACCAAUAUGAAGACGCCACACUGGAAGAACUUAAGAACGAUCCUCUGUUUCAGCAGAUUUGCAGCGAUACUGUGAACUCUGCUGGUUUUGAUUGGCUGGAGAAUAAAGACCAGCCAACAGUGGAAAUGUUGGGAUAAUAUUAAUUCCUGAUCCUUUUACUGUCGAUGUUUCUGUCGUCGUUGUUGGUAAUAUUUAUGGUUUCCGUUCAAUGUUUCUUUUUUUUUUUUGUAUUGCGAUGUUUUGUGUAUCCUAAAAUAUUGAAUGACGUGUCUGUUCAGCAAAAAUCUGGACGCUUUGGACUGUCCAGUGUGAAGUGCCAGUCUGAGGCUGAAUUUUUUACAGUCGUUUUACUUGUAUUCUUGUCGUAUGAUUUCAGAGAUCAUUCCAGUCAUUUCUCCCCAUGUAGUGGUAGAUGGUCGAAUAUUUCUUCGGGUUCCAACUGGUAGACAAGUACAUCAUCUGGUGCACAAGCUUAGCUUGAUUUAACAUUUUUCCACUAGAAUCAUAGUGGACCUGCAUGCAUAUUUUGCUCCUGUAUUUCAACAAAAUGCAAUAUUCCAAGUGACAAAUCAUUGACUCUGAGGAAACACCUUUUCAAGUAUCUUUGGAAUUUCGAGUUUGGUAGGAGUGUACCCAAAUAUCGGCAAAGCUGAAAUAUCGCAUUUACAUAUCCUAAACCAGUCAGUUCAAUGAACUGCGGAGAUUUUAGGUGCUACUUGGUGCUGAAUCGCAUUUACAUCAGCUGUCAUUUGUUUUGUCAAAGUGAUUUCGGGGAAAAAGCUAUUUAAGGCCAUAAUACUCGUACUGUUAAAUCCAAACUAUUGGGGAGGGAUGAGAUCUUUGCUAUCAAUUUUUUUGGGGCGGAGAGGGCUGAAGCGAAGACUCGUCUGCCUUAUUUCCAGAGUCUAAGGCCUUAUUUUCCACCUCAUACAAGGCUUCAAGAAUUUCUUAAAAGGUCAAACUUGGUGCACUUAAAAAAACAAUGUUUUUGUUGCGAUUAAGCCACUUUGUAGGUUUCCGCACCUUGUUUAGCGCAUCAUUUCAAACCGAUAGUCGCAAUGGUAUGGUGAUGGCUAGAUAUAUAUAUAUCUAUAAAUAUAUAAACAACAACCUGUGUAGUUUCUCCGGCCUUAACUCCAUACCAAAGAGAAGCUGUCGAAGAACAAAAGAUGCGGUUUCCAUCUGAAAGGGAUUUUUUUAGGGACGCCACAGUGUUCGUUUUCAUUUUGUUAGGCAAGUAGUAGUAUUUGUGUAAAUUGUGUAUACGGCGGAUGUACAGGUGGAUGGGGGGAGCAUGUUGUACAAGUUCAAGGUAGUGCGACAUUUGUACAAAGGACAUAGUGGUCAUCAUGAGAUUUCCAUUUUAUCGAGACGCUAACGGUAGGUAGAUUCGAGUGCCCUUAAGAAAACAUUGAAGAAAACGCCAGCACGAUAUUUCGCUUGUUCCGUUUCUGGCUUUCCGUGAUGUGCUAGUAAGUAAACGCUGUCUGUUGGAUCUGUAGCUUGCUAAUGUACCAUUUUUCUUAGGUUCUGCGUUCGCAGAUGUGACGUGUACAUGGAGAGAGGAUAACAUAGCAUGGAUGUAUGGAGAAAUUAGAUAACGAAUUUUUAGCUAGAUGUUGUGUGCAGAGACGAAUCAGAGGAGCAGAAGACACUGGAAACGGUUUGACAUUCAGACACAAACGUUCAUCGUAUUGCACUAAAAAGUUUGUUUGUGUUAUUUUAGGAAACAAUUGGUGCCCACGUUACUAAAGACAAUAAAUGGGGAAUUAUUAUUCGCGCUAGGAAACGAUUGCCUUGUGUAGCAAUGAGCUCUAAUCUCAAUGAGAUCCGCGUUGUACGACUUCUCGUACCUGAGAAGAAAAUAUGAACCUAUGAGAUUGAAAACAAGCCGACAUGCUUCACCGUGUUGAAAUCGACUGUAUGUGCGCAUGUAUCUAUGGUAGUAUUCGUUGUGACACUCCUUUAGCCAAUCCGAGCGGGACGAGAAGUAGUUCUUCAAAAGCUAUAUGCAUUUUAAGAUGUUUACUAAGUUAAGUGUUUCUGUUGAUGAAUGUUUCUUUCUUUUUUGAUAUAAAUAUAAAUAUAUAUGAGAAAACGCCUAUGUGAAGAAAGCUGUACAUAUUUUUUAUGUUAUGAAGGCACUGAUCAAUUCUGUUUUUUUAAUUUCCAGUCCUCUUUUGAUACGCAGGGAUGGCGGUGGUCUGUAGGUUUGAGCCUCUGAUGUGCUGUUUAUCUGCUCCAUGUGGACAGUAGCUUGUUAAUAUUGCAAAAGCGUUUCAGCGAUGUUUCGUUCUUUUCUUUUUGUUUUUCCAAUGGAAAGUACUCGCAGGUGAGAUUUUUUAAGUGGUUUUAAAAGCCAAUAAACAUUUUUUAAACAACA